AUGCUUUCCUCUACCACUUCCCGAGCCUCGGUGCGCUCGCUGGGCUCUCUGACACAUGCUGCUUCCCGAGUCGCCAGCUCCAACUCCGCACGCUAUGCUGCGAUCAGUUGGCAACGCUCUCUGAGCUCUCAAUCCAGACGCCUCCAGCUUCCCCGCCUUCAGUCUCUGGACGCUGUCUCUGCCCAGAGAUCGUUUAGCACUACAAUCAGAAUGGCUUCCGAAACCCGUACCGAGAGCGAUGCCUUCGGUGAAAUCCAGGUCCCGGCCGACAAGUACUGGGGUGCCCAGACCCAGCGGUCUCUGGGCAACUUUGACAUCAACCAGCCCCAGGACCGUAUGCCUCCUGCGGUCGUGAAGGCGUUUGGUAUUCUCAAGGGCGCUGCCGCCAUUGUGAACACGAAGUUCGGCCUUGUCAUCUCCAACCGUGCCAUCGAGAUCCUCGGUGGAAAGAUGGGAUCUAAGAAGCCCGUCCACCCCAACGACCACGUGAACAUGUCCGCUUCCUCGAACGAUUCCUUCCCGACCGUGAUGCACAUCGCCGCCGUUCUGGAACUCGAGAACGUCCUCCUGCCGGCCCUUAAGAACCUGCGUGAUGCUCUCCAGAAGAAGGUGGAGAAGUUCGACAAGAUCAUCAAGAUCGGCCGUACUCACCUGCAGGACGCUACUCCCCUUACCCUUGGCCAAGAGUUCUCUGGCUACGUUGCUCAGCUGGAGCGCAACAUCGAGCGCGUCCAGGGCACCCUUCCUCACCUUCGUUUCCUUGCCCAGGGUGGUACCGCUGUCGGAACUGGCCUGAACACUUUCAAGGGAUUUGACGAGGCCAUCGCCACUGAAGUCUCGAAGCUGGCUGGCACCGAGUUCAAGACUGCUCCCAACAAGUUCGAGGUUCUCGCUGCCCACGACUCGAUCGUUGAGGCGUCCGGUGCCCUGAACACCCUUGCAUGCUCCCUCUUCAAGAUCGCCCAGGAUAUCCGUUACCUCGGCUCUGGCCCCCGCUGCGGUCUGGGCGAGCUGGUCCUGCCGGAGAACGAGCCGGGUUCCUCCAUCAUGCCUGGCAAGGUCAACCCCACCCAGUGCGAGUCUCUCACCAUGGUCUGCUCUCAGGUCAUGGGUAACCAUGUUGCUGCGACCGUUGGCGGCAUGAACGGCCAAUUCGAGCUCAACGUCUUCAAGCCCCUCAUGAUCCGCAACCUCCUCCACAGCAGCCGUAUCCUGUCCGACGGCAUGAACAGCUUCGAGAAGCACCUGGUCGAGGGUCUCGAGGCCAACGAGACCAGGAUCAAUGCUCUUCUCCACGAGAGUCUGAUGCUCGUCACCUGCCUGAACCCCGUCAUCGGCUACGACAUGGCCUCCAAGGUGGCCAAGAACGCCCACAAGAAGGGCCUCACUCUCAAGGAGAGUGCCAUGGAGCUCAAGGCUCUGAGCGAGGAGGACUUUGACAACGGCGAAGAUGCCCCCCUCUUCUCUCCGUCGCUCAUCUCGCCUGAAGUCCUCGCUGCCCUGCCGGCCGAGUACACGAUCCGCCCUGUGCGCCGCUCCGACUACCAGCGUGGUUACCUGGAUGUGUUGCGCGUACUGACCACCGUGGGCGACAUUUCCGAGCAACAAUGGAACGAGCGGUACGACUGGAUGACUGCCCGGAACGACGAGUACUACCUGCUCGUUGUCUGUGAUGGGACGGGCCGCAUCGUCGGCACGGGGAGUCUGAUCGUCGAGCGCAAGUUCAUCCACUCGCUCGGUCUCGUCGGGCACAUUGAGGAUAUCGCGGUGGAGAAAAACCAGCAGGGAAACAAGCUGGGUUUACGCAUCAUCCAGGCUUUGGACUACGUUGCCGCCCAGGUCGGGUGCUACAAGAGCAUCCUCGACUGUUCCGAAGCGAAUGAAGGCUUCUACAUCAAGUGCGGAUUCAAGCGAGCCGGUCUUGAGAUGGCUCACUACUACUGA